AUAAAAUAGAGAGAGACAGAGGGGCAUAGGAGCACACAAAAGGAGCAUCGAGUAGGUUUCCUACUCCCUUCUCAUCGUUGGCAAGAUGAGUGCCAUGAAAUUUUGCCGUGAAUGCAAUAACAUUCUGUACCCUAAGGAAGACAGAGACCAGAAAGUUCUUCUCUUCGCUUGCCGCAACUGCGACCAUCAGGAGGUUGCUGAUAACUUCUGUGUGUAUAGGAAUGAGAUACAUCACUCUGUUGGAGAGCGCACUCAGGUGUUGCAGGAUGUAGCUGCAGAUCCAACGCUUCCUCGAACCAAGUCUGUUCGCUGCAGUCAAUGCAAUCAUGGUGAAGCUGUCUUUUUCCAGGCAACUGCCAGAGGGGAAGAAGGAAUGACACUUUUUUUCGUUUGCUGCAACCCAAACUGUGGACACAGAUGGAGAGACUGAAAUUUGUGCUUCCUCAGAUCAAAGGUUCAAUAUUGGGGAGAUCUAACUAUUUGUGGUUAUCUGAAAAAACUUGGCUGAUGCGGGGACAGUAAUACUGAAGUAUUUGUGUUACCUGUUUAACUGCAGUUCCUGAUCAAAUAAUUAAUACAGUUAAUGGACAAACUGUUGUUUGCCAAUGCUGAUAAAUUCUGAGGAUGGGCAUAAAUUUCAUGGUUUGUUAAAAGGAAAAAGGAUGAGUGACACUGCUUUUAUGGAUGGGCCUAACUUUCUUGGUGGGGAGUUAGGAAUCAAAAUGACUUUUUUUUUUUGUUAUAUGCUAUAUUAUUUGAUGAAAAAUUCUUAUUAAAAGUUCAUUUGGACUCUC